AUGGCACAGACUGCGCCCUCGCCGCCGCAAUUGACGCUCAUUUACAGCAUGCAGGCGCUGCUUGGAGACAGGUUCUCGCUGGGACCCGUGCCAAACGGCCAGGAGCGCAUCGUCAUUCCCAUUGUGGGCGGUACCUUCAAAGGCCCAAGACUGUCAGGCAAGGUAUUGAACCUCGGCGCGGACUGGCGCCUCACCGAUGCUAAUGGCGCAAUUCGUCCCGAUGCACGGUACAACAUCCAGACUGACGAUGGCACCAAUAUUUUUGUGCAGACGAUUGGGCUGCCGCCGGGCAAGGACGGGCGCACGAUGCUGAGAGGGCAGUUUGAGACGGCGACAAAUGGGACGUACGCGUGGUUGAACGAUGUUGCGGCUGUGGGGGUGUUGACGCGGAAUGGCACGGCCAGCGUGACCAUUGAUAUGUGGGAAGCUACACCACCUGCAUUGUAG